UUCCGGUGUUCCUGCCACUGUUCAAGAAGAAAAAUAUAAUUCAAAUCAAACAAAUAUCGUUUUAUCUAUGUACGACACUGAUGGAAAUAAUAUCCGCUCACCUCAACAUUCUCCUAUUCCGAGCACAAAAUCUAUUUCCAGGCAAAAUUCACGUCCUACUUCUCCUAAUCCUAAUCCUCCAGGAUUGUAUCCUGCUCAUUCUAAUUGGAAUCAAAAUAGUGGUGGUAAAAAUACUCAUCUAACACCACCUAAUGUUGGGCAUUAUAGUGAAGAGAAUGGCGAAGUGGUUGGAUAUCACAGUGAUCAUAAUAUUCCUGCUUGGUUACGUAGCCUUCGUUUACACAAGUAUACUCCUGUAUUUGAAGGAAUGAUAUGGCAAGAUAUUAUUGAAUUAGAUGAUGCAUCGCUAGAACAAAAAGGUGUUGCUGCACUCGGUGCUAGACGCAAAAUGCUUAAAGAAUUUGAUAAAGUUAAGGUUGCCAUGCAACAGGUCGAAAAAGGAACAUGA